AUGGCCAUGACCGCGUCAAGAUGGGCUGCCCAGAGGCAGAAGCUCUUCAUAUCCGUCUUUGAUACGGAAGUCUCACAGCCCACACCCUACUCGACGCCAUCAUUACGAUCAACCGACUUGGGGCAGCCGUUCGGUGGUCCGCCUGCUGCAGCAGCCCAACCGCAUAUCAACCUCCAAUCCCUGGAUUCCACAGACACGCCAGCAGCAGCAGCAGCAGCAGCAUCCUCCUCCCCCCCUUCCUCCUCCGCCACCCAAAUCACCGAUCAAGCCCGCUGGGAUCGGGCCUGGCACGCAGUGACAUCGCGCGUGCAGCUUCCCCCUUCGGUCGCCGCCGAGGACUCCUUCGGCUCCCUCGCCUCGGAGUCCCAGGACCUCACCAACCCCGACUUCUACGCGAGCCUGCAGGUCGUCCUCCAGCCCUCUCAGCGCGCCCCGCACGCCGCCCACACGGAGGACCUGUUCUCGUGGCACACCCACCAGGUCCGCCACCAUUUCGUGCAGCACGUCCUGCCCCUGCUCUCCGCCUGCGCCGGCCACGGCGACGCGACGCAGGUGCUGCUGGGCAGCAUCCGCACGCUCGAGGCCGCGCACCGCCAGUACUUCUAUGGCCUCUCCCUCAUGGCGCGCGGCCUAGACGAGUCCGCCGCCGAGCGCGCCGUCGAAGCGUUCCGCCGCGACCUGCACGCCCUCAUCAGCAACUCCAUGGCCCCGGCGCUUGUGGACGCGCUACGCCGCGUGCUAAGCCGCCUCAUGCGCGUGCUGCUGCGCAUGCAGCCCGAGUCGGCGACCUCCUCUGCCAAUUCAGCGGCGUCGCCGCAUGCAGGUCGCGGCGGCGGCGGCAGGAGCGCCAGCGCCAGCAACCAGACGGAUGGCGCCAGACGCGAGCUCCGUCAGCUGGUCGAGGCCUUGCAUAAGGUCGGCCUGGCCGGAGAGAAGUUCCAGGUCCUCUUUGCCGAGAUGAUGGACGCCCUCAUGGUCGAGCACAUCAAGAAGUCCUUUGCCGGGGUGUGGACGCAGCAAACGCAGACGGCGGCGGCGUCAGCGGCACCACUACCGCCACCCAGACCGCCACGAUCAUCCCUGCGCCGCGCGGGCUCGCUGUCGCCGUGCAUCGCCUCCCUGCACGACUGGGUCGAGAACCACUACGCGCGUCUGGCGGUUGAGGUAUUUUGA